AUGUUGUUUAUAUCAAUAAACAUACUUUGCAUCGUUGAAGAUUCUUCUAUAUUUGCUUGGGUUAAUAAUUCGAUGUCAAUAAUUGACGAUGCAAGAAUGCAAAAAAUGGAUGACUUACGUCAGACAAUCAAUUCAAAAUAUUACCAAAAACUUUUAAAUUUGAUGCUAACCAAAAAGGAACGUCAAAAGCGGCAAAUUGAAGAACCAACAUAUUUGGGAACUAAUCGGAUAUUUACGAAACUUGAUAAUACCGUUGCUAGCAUGAUAACAACUAUCGCAAUUUAUGAAUUAAACGAUAUAAAUGUUUAUAUCGCAACAAAAUUAAACUGCUUGAAAUAUGUUGGAGAAACUAUUCAAAUGAUCAACAAACAAGCUGAUAACGGCAGCAUAAUAUGGAUUUUCAUGUUAAUUAUUUAUUGGAUGCUAAUACCCGUAUUCAUUUGGGUUGCAAUUAUUUUGUUUAUGUGGAAAAAUCUUCGAUUGCAUUGGCGUAAAAUUAUCGCACCAAUGGCAACUGCGAAGCAUUGCGAAGCAAGCGGUAAUCUAUUAAAUGUGGAAAACGAAAUUAUGACAAUGCCAACAUGGGACGGUAUCCUGGAAGCUCGCUUCGAGCAGACAACACAAUCAGUGCAUGAUGAAAUUAAAUGGUUUCCUGAAGAGGAUACGGCUGAAAUGCGGAAUCAGGGAGAAAAGAAAACGAAUACGGAGUAG